AGCCAGAGCCAAUGGUUGGACGGCACUUAUUUAUGGUCAAUCAGAAAAGCUUUAUUUAUGAUUCCAGUUUAGCAGCCACGUUUGGAUAAUACAGUUAUGUAUUUCCUUACGUAGACAAAUUUUCCAUUUCAACUUUUCACCUAUAUAAGCACAAACUGAGGGAUCAACCCCCAUCAAUAGAAGCAAACCUCACAACAUGGAUUCAAAUAAUCAAGGCCACGGAUCUAGUGAGUUUUUUCAAGCUCAGACUCAGAUAUACAAACAUGUAUGUCAUUUUAUGGAUUCCAUGGCACUGAAAUGUGCAGUCCAAUUAGGCAUUCCUGAUGUAAUCCACAACCACAACAAGCCCAUUAAUCUCUCAGAGUUGGCUUCUGCACUUCAAAUUUCUCAAACAAAAACAGAUUGCUUGCAGCGCCUCAUGCGCCUAUUGCAGCACUCAGGUUUCUUUGCAACAACCAAGAUUGUUGAAGACCAAGAACAAGAAGGGUAUAUACUCACACCAUUUUCUAAUCUCCUGGUGAAAGAUAAUGUUGCCAGUUUAUCGCCUGUCGUUCUAGCCCUGCUGGAUCCUGUGCUAGUGAAUCCUUGGCAUUCCUUGGCGAACUGGUUUCAAGGAAAUGAUCUUACACCAUUUGAGACGGCCCAUGGAAUGAGCUUUUGGGACCUUGCGACGCAAAACCUUGAAUUUAGCAGCAGCAUGAAUGAACUAAUGGCCAGUGAUUCUCGGAUAACAAGCUUGGUUAUUAGAGAUCAUAAGGAAAUUUUCCAGGGGCUGAAUUCAUUGGUUGAUGUGGGAGGCGGCACAGGAACUCUGGCUAGGAAAAUUUCUCAGGCCUUCCCUGAAUUGAAAUGCACGGUCUUGGAUCUCCCACAAGUCGUCACUAACUUGCCAGAGAGUGAAAACUUAAAAUUUGUUGCAGGUGACAUGUUUCAAUCUAUCCCUUCAGCAGAUGCAAUUGUCAUCAAGUCAGUUUUGCAUAAUUGGAGUGAUGAGGACUGUGUAAAGAUUUUGAAGCGUAGCAGAGAAGCUAUUGCAAGUAAAGGUAAGGGAGGAAAGCUUAUUAUCAUAGACAUGGUGAUCGAUGACAAGAAAGAAGAACACGAUAGAACCAAAACAAAGCUCUUUAUGGACAUCAUGAUGAUGGUUAUGUGCAGUGGAAAAGAGAGAAAGGAGAAGGACUGGGAAAAGCUGUUCUUGGAUUCCGGUUUUAGUCACUACAAAAUUACAGCUUCAAGUGAGCUAAAAUCUAUCAUUGAGGUUUAUCCUUGAGAAGUGUACUUGUCUCCGUGUUUUGUAAGCUUCAGAUGAUUGUCAAAUGAAUAAUGUACAAUAAGCUUGAUGCAAUACCUUGCUUGAAAUGGUGACUUGAAUAUCAAAAUCGAAUUUUGUUUUCUUUUCU